CAGUUUAACUGUUUGCAUCCAUAACAAAAUAUAACCGAUUUGAUAAAGUAAAGAACAGAGCAAGAAAAUUAACAUGUUAAAAACAAAUGCGUUAAAAAAACUUUCAUUUCCGAUGCGGCAAUGUUUUUCCAAAAUAUUGUUAGACGCGAGAUUAAUUACUGGUGGAAAUGUAAAUGAUACAAAGAAAUACACACCUCGUCGUGCGAUGAUGUAUGUUUCUGGGAAUGACUGGAAAAAGAUCAACAAGAUUAGCUCAAUGGGAGCAGAUAGUUUUAUUCUCGACUGUGAAGAUGGUGUGGCUUUGAACAGGAAGGAUGAAGCUCGAAAUAACAUUCAAAAGAUAUUUCAAGAGAAAAUGUUUUCAGCAUUGAAAUCUGAAUUAUCUGUCAGAAUAAAUUCAAUAGAAAGUGGUCUUUGUAAGAAGGAUUUGGAAACCAUCCUGAAAGGCCCAAUUUUCCCAUCAACUCUUCAUCUCCCCAAAAUGGAAACAAAAAUGCAGCUUGAUUGGCUUGCCCAAGAACUGGAGUCUCUUCUUGGGAAGAAUCAUAUUAUUAAAUUGAUUGUAUUUGUUGAAUCAGCCAGAGCUUUACUUGAUAUGAAAGAAUUAAUUCAACAUUGCUUCAUCCUAAUGGAUCAAGGGGCACCUUUUACUCUUGAAGCUGCUGUUUUUGGAUCUGACGACUUUUGUGCUGACAUUGGCGCUACCAGGACACCCGAAGCCAAAGAGCUCCUAUAUUCUCGUCAGCAUUUUGUCACGUGUGCGAAAGCCUACCGUUUACAAGCAAUUGACCUUGUGUACAUAAAUUUCAAGGACAUGGAUGGUCUACUACGUCAAUCAGUGGAGGGCGCUCAAAUGGGCUUCACCGGCAAACAGGUGAUACAUCCAAGUCAAAUUGAAAUUGUACAGCAAGCAUUCAGUCCAUCGAAAGAGAAGAUCCAAUGGGCUCGCGAACUUGUUCAGUCAUUUGAUGCACACCAGCAGUCAGGCAAGGGCGCUUUUACCUUUCAUGGUAACAUGAUUGAUAUGCCCUUGCUUCUUCAAGCUAGAAACAUUCUCCAAAUGGCAGAACAUCUCGACCAAAAUUAG